AUGCUCAACUCGCUAGUUCCCAUUGACAACGAUGAUGCAGACACAGAGCCUGAUUCACCAAUGGAUUUCUCCCCGUCCGCUAUAGAGAACCCCUUUCUAAGCAACUCCGAUCCGGAUGACUCUGCAUUGGAAGCUAAGGAGGCUCACAAAUAUAUUCUUGCCAAAUCGUACUUUGACACUCGCGAAUAUGACCGUUGCGCGGCCGUCUUCCUCCCUCCUUCGAUGUCUGCCAUCCCUCUCGCACUGCAAUCAUCCACUUCCACGUCAAAAAUAAAGUCACCGUUGGCGUCGCGGAAGGGGAAAGAGAAGUCAGUGUCGUUUGGUAAGGGUAGAGCGACGUCUAAGAAUCCGUUCCCGCCAUUGAGUCAGAAAUCCCUUUUCCUAGCUUUAUACGCCAAAUAUCUCGCAGGAGAAAAGCGGAAAGAUGAAGAAACAGAAAUGAUUCUCGGGCCGGUGGAUGGGGGAAUGACGGUGAAUCGUGAGCUACAUGCUCUCGCCCAGGGACUCGAGGGCUGGUUCGCAGAUCGUCGUGAACAGGGUCUAGAGUCUCGCGGUCAAGGAUGGCUAGAGUAUCUUUACGGCGUCAUCCUUUUAAAGGCCAAAAACGAAGAAGAAGCAAAGAAAUGGCUAAUUAAAAGUGUACACUUAUACCCCUUUCAUUGGGGCGCCUGGCAAGAGUUGAAUGAUCUUUUAACGAAUACGGACGAUGUAUAUUUUGAGGAGGCAUCGCAUUUGUUUUCAGAGCUCCUAAUCAGUUAUCCUCACCGUUUGGAUGGUCUUGAUCAUUACUCAAACAUAUUAUACGUGAUGGGUGCCCGGCCGCAACUCGCUUUUGUGGCACAGCUAGCCACCGCUACGGACAAGUUCCGACCAGAAACGUGCUGCGUUGUUGGAAACUACUACUCAAUGGAAUCUGAGCACGAAAAAGCGGUGAUGUACUUCGACCCAAGCUACGAGGUACUCGAUAUGGCUUUUUACGCUCUUUCUACUACCAACGAGGCCGCCGCACUCCGUCCAUAUGAUCCCAAAAUGUGGCAAGCGGUCGGCUCGUGUUACGCCAAAAUGGGGCGAGCCGACCAGAGCAUCCGUGCCCUUAAGCGUGCCCUCGUCGCAGGGUCCUAUUACGAUAGCAGCGGCACCGGAAUGAAUUCAUUUGCCAGUGGUGGCGUAGGAAUUUCCUUUCCACCCGGUGGUCCAGGACACACCCCGUCCGCUCUACGAAUUCUCGAUCCGGAGACGUUGCACCAAAUCGCUACACUCUACGAGCGCUUGGGCGACGAAGAGGAAGCAGCUGCAUACAUGGAAUUGACGUUACAGCAGGAAACUGGACAAAUGGGCCGUAGUGACGAUUAUGAUGAUGACACAGCGACGGACGCUGAUGGGAUCUCUCGACGAACUUCUACCCUUACGCAUCAAAAUGAUGAUUUGGAAGAUGAACCAACUGGCACAGGCGUGACUGCAACGACGAGCAAAGCUCGCCUGUGGCUAGCCAGGUGGGCAUUGCGGCAUCAUGAUUUGGACCGGGCGGAUCAGCUGGCCAGUGAAUUGUGCCAGGAUGGCGUGGAGGUGGAGGAAGCGAAAGCUUUGAUGAGAGAUAUUAGAGCAAGGAGAGAGGGUGAUGGUUAA